UCUGUUGGGUCCUCUGCGCCAUGGCAUCCACUGUGCUGACCGCUUCCUCUAUCGUACCCCACGGGGCGGCGCACCUCUCGUCCGCCGCCACCAGACGAAGGGGGCGGUGCGUCGCGUCUUCGUCAUCGCCGCCGUCGGCCACGAGGCGGACCGCCUCCAUCGCCCUUCUCUCCCUCCUCUGCGGCUCCUCCGCCCAUCCCGACGGUGCUGAUGCGGUCAACCUCUUUGAUAAGUACGUGAAGCGGAAGAAAUUGGAUCCAUUAGAGGCGUAUAUACCCGCUGUUCUCCUGAGUCGAGCGCAAUUUGAGGACUUGGAGAAAUCUUUGGAUACAAAGCAGCCAAAUUAUGAUAUGAGUAGAUUUAUGUUGCGCUCUGGUCCAGCAGGAUCUCUACGCUUGAAUAUUAGAGCAGUGGCACAAUAUGCAGCUGAGGAUGGCAAUGGAAAAGCAGCUUCUGAUGCUGUUGAGCAAUGCCUAAGGGGCUUGGAGGAUCUUGACUCACUGUUGCUGCAAGCAAUAAGAAAUAAUCCAACAGCUUCAGUAGAAUCCAUGAAGAGCAAACUCGAUACCGUUUUGGGAGCCUUGGACAGCCUAUUGCAAACUGUUCCAUCCAAGGUGCUGGAUAAAGGAAAGGCCAUUGCAGAGGCUUAUAGGAUUCCAGGUUACCAGAAUGAUGAAGGUCCACCUGAGGAUUUGGACCCGGAGGUGAAAAACCUGGAAGCCCUUCUUUGAGUGACAUAAGCCUCCUCUACUGUGUUCCAUUUUCUUCAAAGGAAGCAUUUGCUUUAUAGAGUGACCAAAUGAUCAGGUUUCUAUCCACAUCACCAACAAAACAUCUGUAAAUGAGCAUUCCUCCAACAUAUCAUUCUCAUUGCUAAUGCAUGCUUAGUUAUAUACACUGAUAUGUUUGGGAUUAGUGUACCCAAUUAUAAAGUGUGUGUGAAUGUUGUGUUGGCAU